UGACGAUUCCAUGGCGUAGAAAGUAGCCUUUACGAGUGCGAUGGGUGCGGUCAAUAGCAAGAGCACCGACAAGGCGUCGCCCGCCAUCAACGGCCAGGUGCUCGACGUCGUCUAUCGGGACGAGCGCGAUGAGCUGCACAACGUCAAGGACCUCGGCCACAUCAGGAGGUCGGCCAUGUUCUUCAGCAAGGUCGACUUCCCCGCCCAGAUCCUCCGCAGCCGACUCAACCGCUCCCUCCAUCGCAUUCGCCUCGCUGACGGCACCCGGCUGGACGUCGUGCUGGCCUUCGACGCCCAGACGGUGUCUGAACCGCGUGAGCUGCUGGCGGCCAUCUGGAUGGUGGAAGAGCAGAGGUGGGACGAGGUGGCUGAGGUGCUGCAGCUGGCCAGCCAGUGCGGCUGCUGCACACUGCCCCUCAACCUGACGGCCGAUGACAUCAACACACACCCCAACAAGACGGUAAGGCACACACACACAGGGGUAGGAGAAAACAGAGAGGCCUCAUUCCCUCUCUCUCUCUGUCUCUGUGUGUGGUGUGGUGUAGGCGUAUGGAUCGGUAGCUCGUGUGUUGGCGCAGCUCAUGGUGGUCGGCCGCCACAUCGACUUCGGUUACGGCACUCGCCUGCAGAUCUUCCGCCAUGGCAAUGGUGAGGUGCGGGCCAUCAAGGACGAGCCCGGCUUCAGGCUAGACGUCGACCCGCCCCUCGCUGCCGGCCAUCUGUACCAGCGGCACCGGCUAGAGUAUGACCCACCAGUGCGCAGCCGCAUCGACUACUCUGGCACCGCCGGCGAAUGGGUGUCGUUCGCUGGCCCGUACACCGAUGCGUCAGUAUCGUCAUUCGCCAAGCGCAAGAUCUUCCGGCACUUCGACAGGACUCACCAGAUCAAUCUCACAUGGAUACAUCUCAACAGGUAAGACACCAAUGGCAGCAGUGAGUGAGAGGGGUGUGUGUCUGAUUGUGUGUGUGUGUGUGUGUGUGUGGUUGGUUCAGGCGUGUUGGUGGCGGCCGGCCUCCUGAUGCAGUCGCCCCACACACCAGUGGCCGGAUGCACCACCACACUCAGCUGGGACGGUGAUGUGCGGUGGCUGGUGCUGACCGACAGCAGCCAUUCGUUCGUCGCAUGGAUUGCCAUUGUGGAUAUGGGAAACAACACCGGUCAGGCCGACAGACAGGCAGCUCUGCUGGUGAUCAAAUGUCAUGUGUUGUUCUCUCUCGUCUGUCUGCAGUGAGGGUGGAUGUUCGGAGGACCGAGGCGGCUGUGUGUGUGAGCGGUUCCUUCAAGGACCGCUUGCCCGUCACCACUCAGCUGGCUCGCGUGGCGCUGGGGCGAGUGGCGCCAUACGUCUUCGACGGCCAAGUACAACAGCAGCAGGACGACGACAGCGACGAUGACGGUACGGGCUGAGGGAGGAAUGUGUGUAUGAACGUCGUUUAUACGACGAUGUGCCUUGUCUGUCUAUGUGUGGUGUAGACGGUGACGAUAUGGAUGAGGGUGACGAUGAUGAUAUGGAUGAGGGCAGCGGAGGAGAGGGCAGCGGAGGUACAGCAUAGUGGAUGGGAACAAGGACACAGAUUUUCUCUCUCAUUGCAGGUGUGUGUGUCUGUUUGACAGAUGAGGAGGAGGACGCCGCAGCUGACGAGGAGAGCGGUGACGAGGGCACUGCAUCGCCAUAAUCACAAACAUAUCGAACACCGGUACGACACACCCCACCAGGUCAGUCAACGAACGGAUGCCGUGCCCUCCCGGUGUGUGCGUCGGUGUUCAGGAGGAUACCUGUAGCUGGGUCGCAUUCAACUGGCGCCAUAGAUAGCUGCUGAUGAUCCCCAUCCAGGCUGGCUGUGGUCUGAGGGGUUGGGGUAGGUCUGUGCGUCGGGCCUGUCUGCCGAGCUAUGUGCGUGUCUAGCUGUCUCUCCCCCUCCCUCUACCCUGUCGAUGUAUACCGAUGGAUGGCUGGCUGACUUUGUCCGGUGUGUCGAUGCAUGUAUUCUCUGAUGCGCGUGACAUUGCCCAGUAUGCAUGAGUGUG